AUGGAAGGGGCAGGCGAAAGGAAAAGAGGGGUCCGUUUAUGCUGCGUUUGCAAGAAAGCAAGAGCUUCGGUGAAGAGGCCGAAAACCCUAGACCAUAUUUGCAGGGAGUGCUUCUACCAUGCUUUCGAAUCUGAGAUCCAUCAAGUAAUCAUUCGCAACUCACUCUUCAGGCCAGGGGAACGCGUCGCAAUCGGUGCUUCUGGCGGCAAGGAUUCCACCGUCCUUGCUUACGUCUUGUCCAAACUCAACCGCCUCCACAAUUAUGGCCUCCAUCUCUUCCUUCUGUCCGUCGACGAGGGAAUCACCGGCUACCGCGACGACUCUCUCGAGACCGUUCAUCGGAACCAGGUUCAGUACGGUCUCCCUCUCAAAGUAGUGUCAUACAAGGACUUGUACGGAUGGACUAUGGACCAAAUCGUUGACGUCAUUGGUUUCAAAAACAAUUGCACUUUCUGUGGCGUCUUCCGUCGCCAGGCCCUUGAUCGAGGUGCUUCUCUCUUGAAGGUUGAUAAACUCGUUACUGGCCACAACGCCGACGAUAUUGCUGAGACCGUUCUCCUCAACCUCCUGAGGGGAGAUGUUGCUAGAUUGAGCAGAUGCACCUCUAUUACCACCGGUGAAGAUGGGCCAAUUCCCAGAUGCAAACCUUUCAAUCCAAACCUUGACUCCUUCAUUACGUAUGCUUAUUUUAAGAGGCUCGACUACUUUUCCACUGAAUGCAUCUAUUCUCCAAAUGCUUAUCGAGGUUUUGCUCGCGAGUUCAUCAAGGAUUUGGAAAGAAUCAGACCUAGAGCCAUUCUUGACAUCAUCAAAUCGGGGGAGAAUUUUAGGAUUUCUACCACUACCAAAAUGCCCGAACAGGGAACCUGCGAACGGUGUGGUUAUAUUUCUAGUCAGAAAUGGUGUAAAGCCUGUGUUCUGCUUGACGGACUGAAUAGAGGUUUGCCUAAACUGGGGAUUGGACGAAGUCGUGGCAGUGUUGGUUCUGAGAACGGAAAUGAAAGUAAAGUGGAAAAGAGCAUCCAGGGAAAACAAUGUGGAACUCUAGACUUCUGA